GCAGUAAAGCAGCGCAGUCUACUUUUUUUUUGGGAAAAAACAAUCAUAAAAAUUUCGUGAAUAAGUUUUUGAUAUUUUGGGGCGAUAGAAAUAAUAAUUCUUAUUGAAAUUUUUUAAAAAUGGAUUAUGAAAGUGUUUUAAUUGUUAAACCAGAAGUAUUUAUAUAUAAAAUUCCACCCAGAGCCAAUAAUCGUGGUUACAGAGCCGCUGAUUGGAAUUUGGGAGAACCCACCUGGACUGGCCGCAUGCGCUUGGUAGCCAAAGGUACAUCAUGUAAUCUUAAAUUAGAAGAUAAAACAACUGGUGCUUUAUUUGCCAAUUGCCCCAUUGAAACAUAUCCUGGUGUAGCCAUCGAAGCGGUAUCAGAUAGUUCACGUUAUUUUGUCAUUCGAGUACAAGAUGAUAAUGGUCGCUCGGCAUUUUUGGGCUUAGGUUUUGGUGAUCGUUCAGAUUCAUUUGAUUUAAAUGUAGCCCUACAAGAUCACUUCAAAUGGGUUAAAAAUCAAGAACAAAUCGAAAAGGAAAAAACCCAACCGAAACAAGAACUGGAUUUAGGCUUCAAAGAGGGAGAAACAAUUAAAAUUAAUAUGAGAAUAACGAAAAAAGAUGGUUCUGAGGGCAGUGGCCGUACAAAAUCUAAAGCUGGCACAGGAAUUUUACCACCACCGCCCGGUGGAAUGGGUAAAAUAGCACCACCACCUUCAGCCACAGGUUCAGUACGUCAAAGUCCCGGUACAUCGCCUGCUCAUAAGGCUCCCGGUAAUGCGGCCACAGAAUGGACAGAUUAUGCCUCAGCUGGAUCUGCACCUGGUCAAAAUCCUCAGCAAAGUUCUGCAAAUGCUAAUUGGGUGCAAUUCUAAUUUUAAGCCUAAAGCUUGUCUAAGGUUUAUUGAAACAAAUAAACAAAACAAAAUAAGAAAUAAAACAAAUAACAACAACAACAAAUAAAUAAACAAAAAAAAUCUUAAUGAGGACACAAUACGAAUUAUAUAAAAAUUUAAUUAAAAUGUUUAAACAAAAUAUAUAUACAUAUAAACAAAUUAAACAAAAAAAAACCACAACAACAAUUUAAGAAAAUUAUACAUAUUAAUUAUUAUAAAUUAAAAAAUAAAUAAAGGAAAACAAAACAAAUGAAAUUCAAUAUAAGUUUGUUAGAUUUUUUGCGUUUAAUACUAAAAAAAAACAUAAACAAUAUACAACAAUAAAAAAUAAAAUCAAAUUACUCUUAAAGCAAACAACAACCCAUACUCCUCUAUGUUUUUCUUUUUGUUAAAAACAAAUAAUAUAUUAAAUUCUACAAAAAAAUGCUUAAAACAUAUUUAAGAAAUUAUAUUUGUUACACUACAUAAAAAUAAACCACAACAACAAUACAAAAAUAAAAACAUAUAAAAUGUAUAAUUUUACAUUGUUAUCCUAGUUUGUUCUCUCAACUAAACUUAACUACACUCAAUAACAAACAUUUACUACUAUAUAACAGCAAACAAAAUAAAACAAAAAAACAAUUAAAAACUGUUUAUAUUUAUGUAUAAAAAAUUGUACUUAUAUUUUUAAUACACUACACAACAAGCCCGCGCCUCUAUUAUAAAGAUUCCCCUUACCAACUUUAUUUUCAAUCUAUCUCUCUCUUUCUCUUUUAAACACAAGUUUUAUUAUUUUUUUUUAAUUUGAUCAUCAUGAUAAUUACCGUUAAAUUGUUUAGCUUAAAUUUAUAGUUAAAAACUCUACAUCUACUUACAUACAUACAAUGUUUUUAAUUUGAUCUUAAAAAAUCAUUAUUAUAAUAAUUUAAAAAUUAAGCUUUUUUUACAUUUUAUUUGAAUUUUAUUCUUUUUAUUUCAACAUUCCUUUUUUUUUUGAUAUUGAAUUACUGCAACAAAACCACAAAUCUUGUAAUUAAUCAGUUAUUAAUUGUGUGUAUUUGAAAUUAAUUUAAAUUGUAAAACCAUUAAAAGAAAAAAAAAAUUACAUUAAAAAGAAACGCAAACGUAAAAGUGUUUUGUAAAAUUUAUUUUUUUAAAACAAAUAUUAUUUUCUUAUUGAAUUUUUUUUAUUAUUAUAAUUGAAAAUUUAAUAAAAUUAAAUAUAUACAUA